ACCAGGCUGCAAUGUUUUGGCCACAGACUGCAUCUUGCAAUCGAAAAUGCCAUGAAGCACACAAAAGUUGACAGAGCAGUGGGCCUUUGCAAGAAGAUUGUGGGAUCCUUCAGUCACAGCUGGAAGCGCAGGAGAGACCUUGCUCAGGUCCAAAAGGAGCUCAAACUGCCUGUGCACAAACUGAAAACGGAGUGUCCAACAAGAUGGGGGUCAAGGCAAGCCAUGGUGCAGCGAGUCCUUGAGCAGCUACCAGCCAUCACUCAUGUCUUAUCCCCGGACCGGAAGACGAGGCACCUGGUUCCCAUGUGGCAGGACCUAGAGAUCCUUGAGGCCAUCAAUGCCACCCUCACCCCACUUGCUGACUUUACAGAUGCCCUUUCCGGAGAGCAGUAUGUGAGCAUUUCUUCAGUCAAGCCGGUGCUGCAUCUGUUUGAGUCCUCCGUGUUGGUGGUCAAAGAGGAUGACAUAGAGUUCACCGCAACAUUGAAGACCAAGAUCUUGGGAUACCUUCAAGACAAAUACAGUGACCCGAAUACACAGGAUCUCCUCAACAUGGCAACGACACUUGACCCAAGAUUCAAGAUGGAUUACAUUGGAGAGGAGGUCAAACCCACUGUACGAGCAAGACUGGUGGAUGAGAUGACUGGCCUUACACCAGCUGAGCAAGUUGCCCCUGACCCCUCGACUGAUCCCCAGAAACCUCCUGCGAAGAAGGCCCGGAAGACGCUUGGAAGCUUCUUUAAAGCCGCAAAAAGCAAUGAGGAGUCAGGCCCCACAGUUAAUCGAGACCAAGCAGUUCUGUGUUCUGGCUAA